UAUGGCACGAGCUGAACAGGUAUAAAACCAGGAGUCUCACGACUCAGAAUGCAGAAAAUCGGAGGAGUUGACACCCACCGAGCAAGAAGUUCAAUCAAGACCUCAUUCAAGGGAGUAUGCAUUCAAAUAUGAAAAUGUGGACCGGCUGGGCAGCAUGCGCCUUCCUCUUGUUCGUCUGCUUGGGAACUCUAACGGAAGGGUAUCCGACAAAACCCGACAACCCUGGGGAGGGCGCACCUGCGGAGGAGCUCGCCAAGUAUUAUUCUGCACUGAGACACUACAUCAACCUCAUAACAAGGCAGAGGUAUGGCAAAAGGUCCAGCGCUGACACCUUAAUUUCAGACCUUCUGAUUGGUGAAACAGAGUCCCAUCCCCAGACAAGAUAUGAGGACCAGUUGGUGUGGUGAUCCCAGCAACUGUGUUAAUCCAGUUAUGUCCAUGUGUCAUCCUGUUAACUAUUACGGCAACCGUAUCUCAUAAAUUUGAAAUCUUCUGCAUCAUCAAUAUCAGCAGCUUGCUGCAAAGUACCACAGCCAUCUUCAGGAUAGUGAAAAUACUGCAGAACAUUCAAAUAACACAUCAAAUCAUUAUAUCUGACAAGUACACGUCUAUGUGAAAUGCUUUAACAUGGUGUUGUUGACUGUGCUCUCUCUAGACUCAUCUAAGUUCAGUCAGCUGUUCAAUAAGACAAUUGUCCAGAGACUUCAUGUCCAUUAUAAUCCUAAAUAUCAAAGGAAAACAUUACUGACUGUACAGUAUAACCAUGCUAAUAAAGUCCACUAUAUUUG